CAAUUCAAUUGCUGCUGAGGGUAUAUCUCUCUUCGUUGGCCAUCAUUCAUCGGUAUUCGAAGAAAUUCGUCUUGCACAGGCGGUUCAAGGCAGUUAAAGGCUAUAUCAGCUGGCUCUGAGUUGCUUGUCUAGUGAGGUUUUUGGCGUGCGACCGUGGCCUUGCCUUGCGACACUCAAGCUGCGCGUUGCGGAUAGUCCCUUCGACCUCCCCCAUUCCGGUCGGGUAACCGGCUUGUUUUGAACGAGGUCCAUAACCUGGAGUACUCGGCUCGGGGUUUGCUAGAUCGAUUGCCAAUUAUCAUUUCUACGAUUGAUACUACUUCAUUAGCAGUCUCUGGAGGAAAAGGGGCGCUAGAGAAGCAGAAGCUGUUCUUUGAUAUCGCAAAGCAUCAGUUAUAAUGAAUCCCUCAAGAGGCCGAGGGCUGGGUCAACGGAGUCCCCAUGUCCUAGUGACCGACUCGCGCGACCAACAAACCUCCUUACCACCCCGCCGCCGUCGCUCCCCCGCAACAACCCGCUUCAUCACCGUUGACAACGUCCUUCAAUACACCUCCGAUGUGCCCUCGAUGCAGCAGCGGCACCCGCCGCAAGGCACGCGGACGCGGCCGCGCUCGCGUAUCGCAUCAGCCGCGGGCGGACUGAUCGGGGCGGCGGGCGGCGGAGCGGGCUCCUCCAGCGGCGGCAGCAUUGGGGGCGGCAGCGGCAGCGCGGCGGCGGCGACGAUCCGACGCCUAGCGGCCCAGCCGCGGCUGCCGCCGCGCACCACCAAGGUCAGCGAGAAGCUGGUGCUGUUGCCGGAGGCGGACGGGAAGCUGCCCGAGGACGAAGACGAGGAGGAAGGUGAGGAAGGAGACGAAGAGGCCGUGGACGAGGAGUUCGUGCAGCGCGUCGCCAAGGAUAAGAACCUGGACCCCGAGGCCGUGCGGCAGACUCUACUGGCGCAGAAGAAGAUGCGGCUGGACGGCGCGGACUUCGGCGUCGAUAACGAAAUCGCGCCCUUGCUGGCGGACGAGGAACUGCUGCGCAAGAGGAAGGUCGCGCCCGAGAAGGCUAAGAGCUAUGCUGAACGCUUGCCCAAGGCGCGUCGCGCCGAGAAACUGGCCCGCGUCACGGCGUAUUGCACGGCUCAGGCCUACAAGAUGAGCUCGUUAGCCUCGUUUGUUAAGGAGAGGCAUGGCGGUCGCACCAAGCUCUACGAUGAUUGUCUGUACACGGCCUAUCAUUUGCCGCUGCUGCCGGGCCUCGACGGGUAUAGGUUGCGGAGUAGUCCCAUGGUGAAGAAGCCCGGCGGGAAGUCGAUCCUGGAUGAGGAGAUUGAGCGCAAUGAGCUGCGGGAUCACCAUGAGGAUUAUUUGGUCGAUGCAGAGGAGCAUUCGGUUGUCGGCGGACGUCAUGAACACAGGUCGUCGCACCAGGAGCAUAAUGAGGCGGAGAGACACGGGGAUGAGGAGGCACAUCAUGGACAGUCAGAACAUGAAGAGGAGCAGCAUCAUUCCGUACCUGGCCCGGACGCGAAACCCUUCAUGGGUGGUGUUGAUGGCGCCGAUCAUCAAGCUCCAGCGGGCACUACGGCAGCAGCGGCGGCGGCGGCGGCGACACCAGCAUCUACGAAUCUGCCGUACAAUGUCGCAGAGAUGUUUGUUUUCAGCUACGGAGUGGUCGUGUUCUGGAACUUCAGUGAAAAGCAAGAGAAGGACCUACUUGCUGAUCUGGCGUUUGCGACCUCGUCCGCGACCGGCUCCCCGAUCCCAUUGGCAACUCUGCCCUUGCAGGAAGAAGACUUUGAGACGGAGGAGUUCCACUUCGAGUACUCGACGCAGAUCAAGCGUCCCCGCGUCUACAAUGACAUGAUCACCCUGCGGAGCGGUGACCACAUGAUCAAAUUGGCCAUCAGUCACGGCAUCGCGCAAAGCACCAAGCUCUGCUUCUUCGAAGAAGUCAUGGCCCGCCAGAUGGCUGAGGCAAAGGACGUCCCGCGCCGACUCGCCAUGACAGGCAAUCUCGGUAUGAAACGAGACGAAGUAUUCCGAAUUCUCGGUAGUCUCUUCAAGAGCCGAGUCGAAGUCAACCUCUCAUCCAACGUUCUCGACGUCCCCAACUUCUUCUGGGAAAGCGAACCAACGCUGUACCCGCUCUACAUCGCCGUGCGCGAGUACCUGGAAAUCAAGCCGCGCAUCCAAGUCUUGAACGAACGCUGCAAAGUCUUCCUCGACCUGGCAGAGAUCCUUUCCGAUUCCAUCGCCGAUAAUAAAACCUCUCAUCAGACAUGGAUCAUUAUCGUCCUCAUCUGCGUCUCCAUCCUCGUCACCACCUUCGAAGUCUUCCUCCGAUUCGGCCUCCUCUCGUCCCGUGAAGGUGAUGCCUCGACAAAAGCCACAACCCCUCUCGGCUCCUUCGCCGCGACGGUCCUCGCCCGGGCUCUGGGCGGCAGCAGCAGCAACAAUAACCCUGCGUGCGCAUGUUCCUGUCCCGCUCAAGUCCCAGAGAGUGGAUUACUGAACACCACACCUCCGACGAUGGGAAUGCCCUACUGAGACCUCCGCUUCUUGUCCUUCCGAUCUGCUUCCCUACCAAUCCUCUAACUUUCCAACCCCUACCUCCACCACGUACCAGGGAAUCGACAACCUCCCGAAAUGGCAGCCUACACCCCAUCCGAAAUCCUCGGUGAAUUCCACCAAGUGGUACACAUCAUCCUCGAAGCCCCAUCCUCUCAACGCAAACCCCCACAAUCCACAAUCGAACCCUACCAAGAGCGAGAGAGCAUGAGCGAGCGAGAGAAGAAAGCAAGCGAGCCCACUCCAACCCUCCACAAACCCGAAGUAUCUCAAAAAGGACCACAGAGCCAGAAACCACCACCCCCUUUCUUCUUUAUCUUUAAUUGCUGUAAUCAAUUCCAUCCAUCUGUCAUGGGGCCCGUUCUCUUGCGCGUGAAUCAUUAAGGUUGAAUACCAUAUCUAUUAUAUCAUGU